GCAGCCAUAUGAAUGCAGUGGAAACGGUUAUCUUCCAUAUCCAGGAGAAUGUAGCGGGUUGUAUUUUCUCUGUGUUGAAGGCGAAAGCUUUACGAUGUAUUGCCCAUCAGAUACGGUUUUUGAGGCAAGUACUUCGACUUGCGUGCCGUUAGAAUCUGCCUCAUGCACGCCUGGGCCGAAGACGACGACAACUACACCAUCGACUACCACACCUACAACAACCACACCCACAACUACCACACCCACAACUACCACACCCACAACUACCACACCCACAACUACCACACCCACAACUACCCCACCUACAACUACCACACCAACAACUACCACACCAACAACUACCACACCAACCACUACCACCACUCCGACCACUACCACUACCCCAACAACUACCACUACCCCAACAACUCUAACUACUCCAACAACUACCACCACUCCAACCACUACCACUACCCCAUCCACCACCACUCCAACAACUACAACCACCCCGACCACAACGGUUGCUCCUGGCUUUGUUUGUCCGGCACCUAACGGAAAUUUCGAGAUUCCUGGCAAUUGUACUUCUUUCUACAAUUGCACAAAUGGAGAAUAUACUGUUCAAAAUUGCCAACCCGGAACAGCUUUCAAUCCUUUGGUUGGCGCAUGCGAUUUUUCUUUUAACGUUCCCGGAUGUGCCGUUGUUACAGUUGAUGACGAUGAAAAGGACCAUUUGCUAAUCAAUGAUUCCAAUUUUCAAUGCCCCGGCGACGGCAAUUGGCCCCAUGCUCUAUGCGAGUAUUACUAUUCUUGCUACGGAAAAGGUAUUACUAGGAGAGCGCAGGUUUGGCAGUGCAGAAAGAAUUUUAUCUACGACGUCCGAUCCCGUCGAUGCAAAUAUUUUUUGUUUCGUUUCGUUUCAAUUGACAGGAGGAUUGGGAAUGAAAAGGAAUUCGUUUGUCCAAACCAAGAAACUGGCUAUUAUCCCGACGAUGAAAAUAUCUGCACUGGUUCUUAUUUCACUUGUGUAAACGGAGUUGCUUAUCCUCAGCAAUGUCCUGGUAUUACUGUCUUUGAUCCAGUGAGCGAACUGUGUGUUGAUCUGGAAGUGGCCUCUUGUUACGUGUCUCCGUUCACGUGUCCAUCAACGGAAGGAUUUUUCCCGGUACCUGGGGCUUGCGAAAGUAACUAUUACGUCUGCGUUAGCGGAGUCGCUACGCUCACGAACUGUCCGUUUGAGGCAAUAUUUGAUCCUGUCACUUUUGAUUGCGUUCCGGCUGAUGAAGCUUCAUGCAAUCAACCGUUUGACUGUCCAUCCCCAGAUGGCCUUUUUCCAUACCCAGAUGCUUGUUGCGGAAUUUAUUACAAUUGCGCUGGCGGCCAAAGCACCCUACAGUAUUGUUCUGCUGGAUAUUAUUUUGAUCCAGAAACUCUGAGCUGUGUAUUGGCUGAAGAAGCCAGUUGCUCAAAUGGAGGAGGAACAGCUACGCCAAAAACAACUUUAGCUCCAACUCCAACAUCAACGUCGACGACACCUACCCCUUUUGUCUGUCCUGGUGAUGGUUACUACUCUAUAGGUGUACCAUGCAGUUCCACCUUCUACAACUGCACACUUGGCCAACACAGCGAAGAGUCCUGCCCUGAGGGUAUGAUUUUCGUUCCGGAGUACUCAAGUUGCGUCUUGUCCGCAUACACCACUUGCGCACCUGGUCAGUGGCGUGCUGCCACACCUGCCUGGGUUCCUGAUGCAAAUUACCCAGCCGCUUCGUCGAUUCAUUUUGUUUGCCCAACUCCCAAUGGUAACUUCAAGUCUACCGGAAAUCGUUUGAAAUUUUGGGUUUGCGUAAACGGACUCGCAGAUCUUCAGAAGUUUGCCUUAUUGUCUUUGCUCCUUUUAGGUUUCUGUGAAGGCAGCUUCGGCAAAAGUUUCAGAGGAUUUGCAAGAGAGGAUUGCAAUUAUCCGACUAUUUUUGAUCCUUCAACCCAUUUGGCUACGUUAAGUUUGAGGAUUCCCAACAAACAGGGACGAGAAGGGGAAUUCCAAUGCCCAAACAGCAACACAGAUUUUUUUCCCGCCGACCCCUUCUGCUCUGAAUUUUAUUAUACUUGUGAGGACGGAAUUGCUUAUCCUCAGGAAUGUCCCGGUACUCAAGGAAUUACUGCGUUUGAUCCAGCCACUAAAACUUGUCGUCCACUCGAAUGUUGCGCUUGUUACUUCACGUGCCCAGCGUCCGAUCCAAACGGAUUCUUCCCGGUGCCUGGAACAUGUUCAAGCGGUUACUAUGUUUGCGUCGACGGUCAAUACGAAACUUACGAAUGCCCGUUGGGCGCGCUAUUCGAUCCCGUCACCGGAGAUUGUGAACCACCUGAAUAUACUUCAUGCAAACAACCCUUUAGCUGUCCUUCAACGGAUGGCGUUUUCCCGUACCCAGAUGCGUGCAGUAGCAUUUAUUACAAUUGUACAAACGGACAGGAUACUGUACAGUACUGCCCUACAGGCACUGUUUUUGAUCCGGCAGUUUCCAGCUGUGUUACAACCGCUUAUGCUUCUUGUUCACCUGGAGCGACAACGACGGAGUUAUCGACCACGACAGAAGACGUGUUUGUGUGUCUCGAAGAAGGCUACUUCCCCAUCCCUGAUAAUUGUUCUAUUUAUUAUAUCUGUAGAGGUGCUGGAGAGACACCUCUGACUGUUCCGUGUCCUAACGGACUAGUUUUCAAUCCGGAUACUUCGCUUUGUGACUAUCCAGAAAAUGUUCCGGAAUGUAGCGCCACAGCUGCCUUUGAAUUAAUGGUGGGCAGAAACGUAAGACUUAGUAUCGCAAAACAAGAUCAUCCAGGUGAUGGAUUCAGUUGUAAGAACGAAGAUGGAGUCUAUCCCCUCAAAUCCGAUGGAAGCUAUUCCCGAUUUUAUUUUGACUGCGUUGGAGGAAUUGCUUACCCCAAGGUAUGCCCGGGAAUGACUGAAUUUGAUUCCGUGAAGUUAUCGUGCGCAUUGAUUGCCUAAAAUGAGCUGCAGAAACCCCGUAACGUCCACAACAGAAAUUCGCAUUUGAUCCUCGACUGGCUUGAAAUGAGUGUAAUCGGAUAUAUUUGGCUUUUGAAUUGAAUACAAUGGAUACGUGUA